UUGGUAACAUAGAAACUAAAUUUUUUAAUUAAAAUUGUCUUUAAAAACUUUCAAUGGACGAAAAUUACUGAAAAUAAUUCCCUUUAGCACUCACACAUCGUGCUUCACCCAUCCGACGAAAUCAAGAUUAGGUAUACAUCAAGCAAGCAAUCUGGUCCGACGCUUGCACCCAUCGUGCAUCACCGAUCUAAGCUCUCAGUCCUUCAGCGUGCGUCUUUAUUCACAAUCCAUUGGGUAGAUUCAUUCUUUGGUCAACAGCUUCUUCUCAAUCGUAUCCUCUUCACAAUCGUUCAGCCCCCUUCAUUCAUUCAGGACAAGGUGGCCAAGUUUCAGGUAAAGGAACUCAAGGAUGUUCUGACUAAACUUGCUCUGCCAAAGCAAGGAAAGAAACAGUGCCCCAUAUCAGAAGCUUGAAGACGAGUUUCAACAAUCCUCUCCAAGAACUAAGAACCUAUUACCCAUGGAAGACACCAGAGCUAAUCCGCAGCCUCAACAGCCCAAGGCAAAAAAGAGGCAGCUUGACCUGGCACACUUGCAGAGCACUCCUUACUACAAGAUGAGAGCCAUUGUUAAAGAACUUCGACCCCAUAUCAUUCAGGUUCUUCGCACUCCUGACUUCCGCAAUUGCAAGGCAGCUACUGAAAUUCGUCAAGAGCUAGCCGUUCUCAUGGAUCUUUGCAAAGAGAUGGCUACAGAAACCACGACAGCGCCAUCUAAUCCUAAGGACACAGUUGAAGGUUUGAAGCCCAGCGCCAUGCAUCAGAAUAUAAAAACUGCAGAGAAGCCGCCGCCGCCAACAACAACUAAUAAUAAGCCUUCUGAAGAUAAGGCGGCGCCGGGAAAUCUCCCCCAGUGGGGCAGUGACGCCAUUGCCAAGGGUACGUAUAGAGUUGGGGGGUCAGCGUUUGGCUGGAAUUUUAUAUACUAUCCUGGAGGUACAUCAGUGUACUAUGGGAGGACAAAAGAGUCAUUUCGGUCUGCAAACCCAAAGUCUCAAUGAGCUAGCUUUGAGCCUUGGAUUUGGUAAGACAUUUGAGAGUUGUCAAAGAAUUCUGUUUUGUUUUUGUUUUUUUCUGAACUGUCCAUUUCAAGAAAUGCUAAGCAGGGAAAUAUUACUGGGUCUCAUUGGUGAGUGUUUGGUCAAUGGGUUCUUUACCUUUGCAGUUUGGAGGGUGGGUAUUUAUUACUCCCCGAAUUGCAAAAUAUUCUCAUAAAAUUUUGGUUCUAUU